AUGGAAACAACUUACGAUGCCUUCGGCAAGGUCGCAGAAACAGUCGACUUUGGUGGCGAGCCGGACUACACCGAUUUUGAGUGGUUCAAAGAGCCGCCACCAGAGCGGCCAGCGCCUGGCCCACCCCCCGUUCCCCUUCCGCCCCCUCUCCCCGGCGUCAUAGAACAAAACGAGAUGAUCGACUUCGCCCUCAAAUCCGCCCCAAACGUUCUCUACGGCCGCUUCAAGCAAUUCGGGCAGCUCGGCGUGCUGGGGUGGUGCGCCGAAUUCAGCGAGAUGAUCGACGCCGUCAAGACGCUCGGCAUCCACGGGAGCAUGUUCGUGACGACGCGGACGCAGGCGCUGCGCACGUGCGAAGAGAUCCUCCAGCUGAACCUCGACAUCAAGAUGCAGAUUAUCAUUAUCCAUUUGUCGUACCAGAUAUCCCGCCUCCGACACUUCCUGGACGCAGAGCGCCGCUGGGAGGAUUACCCCGUGCCAGACUUUCCUUUGGACCCUCAGGCGUACCCCCGUUGA